GGUCAAUCUAACAAUAGACCCCCUUGGUUUGAUGGAAGUGACUACAACUAUUGGAAAAUCAAAAUGAGAGCAUUCUUAAGAGGCAUAGAUGUAGAUGUUUGGAAAGCCAUAGAAAAAGGAGACCAUGUUCCAACCAAGAUAGUAGAAGGUGAAAAUGUUCGAACACCCGAUAUUGAAUGGACCCUCAAUGACCGUAGGCUUGUACAAUGUAAUGUCAAGGCUAUCACUAAUCUCUAUUGUGCCUUAAGUAAAGAAGAAUUCAAUAGAAUUUCGGAUUGCAAAACGGCCAAAGAAAUUUGGGAUAAACUUGAAGUCACCUAUAUAGGCACUAGUCAUGUUAAAGAAUCCAAAAUGAAUAUGCUUGUCCAUAAAUAUGAAAUUUUUACCAUGAAUAACAAAGAAACUAUUAGUGAAAUGUACUCUCGUUUUACUAACAUUGUUAAUCCCUUGAAAGCUCUUGGAAGAAAAUAUACAUCAUCCGACAAUGUAAGAAAAAUCCUUAGAUCUUUGCCAAAGAAUUGGGAAGCUAAGAAGACCGCCAUCCAAGAAGCCAAAGAUCUUAACACACUUCCCAUUGACGAACUCAUUGGUUCAUUAAUGGCUUACGAGCUAGAAAUGAAUGAUAGAUAUGAAGAAACUCAAAAGAAGGAUAUAGCUCUACAAGCUACUACCAAAGAAGUUACAAUUGAUAAAGUUCCUCAUGAUGAAGAAGAAGAAGAAGUUUCUCUCAUUACCAAAAUCGUUUGCUUGAAGUCUCCAUAUUCAUCUAAGGAUAAAUGGUUCCUUGAUAGCGGAUGCUCAAGGCAUAUGACGGGAGAUCAAUCAAAAUUUCACUCCAUCAAACCUUAUAAAGGAGGAAGCGUCACAUUCGGCGACAACUCAAAAAGCAAGGUCAUUGGCAUUGGAACUAUUGGUAUCUCCUCCUCUUUAUCUAUUGAUAAUGUGUUACUUGUUAAAGGCUUAAAACAUAAUCUGUUUAGUAUUAGCCAAUUAUGUGAUAAAGGAUAUAAUGUUUUGUUUAAAUCGGACAAGUGCAUUGUCAAAAAGGAUAAUGUAGAAUUUUUCCAUGCUCUAAGAAAUGGUAAUGUAUAUACUUUGCUUUUAUGUGAAUUACAUGAUCAAGAUGUCAAAUGUCUUGUAUCCUCAAAUGAAAAUAGUUGGUUGUGGCAUAGAAGGUUGGGUCAUGCUAGUAUGGAUUUGAUUUCAAAACUAUCUAAGAAUGAAUUGGUCAAAGGCCUCCCAAAGACUAAUUUUUCUAAAGAUAAAACAUGUAGCGCAUGCCAAAUAGGCAAGCAAAUCAAGUCAUCAUUUAAAAGGAAAAAGGAUAUAACGACUUCAAGACCACUUGAAUUAAUUCACAUGGACUUAUUCAGUCCGGAGAGAAUUGCUAGUUUUGGUGGAAAACUCUAUGCAUUUGUCAUUGUGGAUGACUUCUCUAGAUUCACUUGGGUAUUUUUCCUUACACACAAGAAUGAGGUUCAUACAAUCUUUGCUAAAUUUUGUAAGAGAGUUGAAAAUGAAAAAGAAUGUAAAAUUAAGUCCAUUAGAAGUGAUAGAGGUAGAGAGUUCGACAACCAAGAUGUGGAAAGAUUUUGUGAUGACAAUGGAUACAAUCAUAAUCUUUCAGCUCCUAGGACUCCUCAACAAAAUGGAGUUGUUGAAAGAAAAAAUAGGUCUCUCCAAGAAAUGGCUAGGACUAUAUUAAAUGAACAUAAUUCUCCUAGAUCUCUAUGGGCCGAAGCUGUUAGUACCUCAUGCUAUGUCAUAAAUAGAGUCAUUAUUAGAAAACUCCUUAAUAAGACUCCUUAUGAUCUUUGGAACAAAAGAAAGCCAAACAUUGGAUACUUUAAAGUCUUUGGGUGUAAAUGCUUCGUGUUAAAUGAUAAAGAUAAUCUAGGAAAAUUUGAACCUAAAUCGGAUGAAGGUAUUUUUCUAGGAUAUUCUUCUCGUAGCAAAGCAUUUAGAGUGUUUAACAAAAGAACACGAGUGGUUGUGGAAUCCAUACAUGUUGUAUUUGAUGAAUCACCAUUACCCCCUCUUAGAUGUUCAUUACAUGAUAAUGAAGAUGCUAUAAGAAUGCUCCUUGCUUUUGCAUCCCAUAAGAACUUUAAGUUAUAUCAAAUGGAUGUAAAAAGUGCUUUCUUAAAUGGAUUCAUUGAAGAAGAAGUAUAUGUAGAACAACCGCCGGGCUUUGAAAGCUACAUUUAUCCAAACCAUGUUUUCAAAUUAUCAAAAGCUUUGUAUGGUUUGAAACAAGCUCCAAGAGCUUGGUAUGAAAGACUAAGUGGUUUCUUACUUGCUAAUGGUUUUGUUAGAGGAAAAAUUGACAAUACUCUUUUUACUAAAACCAUUGAUAGCAACCUGUUGGUUAUUCAAAUUUACGUUGAUGAUAUUAUCUUUGGAUCAACCAAUAGUGUGCUAUAUGAAAAAUUUGCUUCUAGCAUGCAAAAUGAAUUCGAAAUGAGCAUGAUGGGUGAACUUACUUUCUUCUUAGGGUUGCAAAUCAAACAAACACUUGAUGGCAUUUUUGUUUGCCAAUCCAAGUAUGUUGAAAAUUUGCUAAAGAAAUUUGGCUUGGAGGAAGUCAAACAUGCCAAUACUCCAAUGAGCUCAUCUUUGAAACUUGACAAAGAUGAAAAGGGCACUAAUGUAGAUAUUAAAAAAUAUAGGGGUAUGAUUGGUAGUCUUUUAUACUUAACCGUAAGUAGACCGGACAUCAUGUUUAGUGUAUGCUUAUGCGCUCGUUUUCAAUCUUGCCCUAAAGAAUCUCAUCUAUGUUCCGUUAAACGCAUCUUUCGCUAUUUAAGUUUUACUACAUUCUUAGGGCUUUGGUAUCCUAGGCAUACAUCAUUUGAGCUUGUCGGUUACUCGGACGCUGAUUUUGGAGGACGCAAAGUUAAUAGAAAAAGUACUAGCGGAACUUGUCAUUUCUUAGGACAAUCAUUAGUAUCUUGGUCUUGCAAGAAACAAAAUUCCGUAGCUCUAUCAACGGCGGAAGCUGAAUAUAUUGCAGCCGGUAGUUGUUGCGCUCAAACGCUUUACAUUAAGCAACAGCUUGAGGAUUUUGGACUUUACUUUGAUCAUGUUCCUAUUAUGUGUGAUAAUACAAGUGCAAUAUGUAUCUCAAAAAAUCCUAUUCAGCAUUCAAGGACAAAGCAUAUAGAAAUUAGAUACCAUUUUCUUAGGGAUCAUGUCUCAAAAGGAGACAUUGAGCUUGUAUUUAUUAAUACUGAAAAACAACUAGCAGAUAUUUUCACAAAACCACUCCAAGAGGACAGAUUUUGCUUGCUCAGAAGAGAAAUAGUCCCUUUCACCAUUCAGUAUACAAAAUACAUUCUAGACAUAACAGAAGCACAUUACAGAGCACUCUCUCAGCUAGGGCUGGUAUACUUCCUUCAUUGGGCAUCUACACAGUUUCAAUUUCUAGAAAUGUCCACGGCUUCAUCCUCUCGUAGAAAGAAUCCUCCUCGUGGUCAAAAACGGAACUCUCAAAGAUCUCAAGAUGUUGGUUCAAGUCCUAGUACACAAACUCAAAUCUCUGCUACCAUGCUUUAUAGAAACCCCACCUACAAAGUAGCAUUUGACACUAUCUAUCAACAUAGAAAAUUGGCCACAGCAAUGGUAUUGUCCAAAAAAAUUGGCGAUGAUCUUAAUCUCAACACCUAUAGAUUGUUUGACGUAAUUGGCCUAGGAAACUUUGUUGGGUUGAGUACCAAAUACUAUCCAAAAUUAGUAAAGUUAUUUUACACUCACCUUGAAGAAAGUCCUGGAGAAGACAAACUUAAUUGUUAUGUUGCUGGAGUUCACUUUUACCUUGAUAGAAGUAACAUUGCUCGAAUUUUCAAACUUGAGGGUGGCAUCCAAUUCUAUUAUCCUUCCAAAUUGUUUAUUGGACAAGGCUUUGACAAACUCACGGCUAUUCAGCAAAUGAGUUAUGAUUCCCGUGUAACCAAUACAAAAGUGGUAAACACCAGGCAAUUAACUAUGGAAGCCCAAUUGAUUCACAAGAUCAUCAUGUACUCCAUUCUUCCAAAAUCCGGCAGUAGACCCAAAGUCACUCACAUGGACGUCUUCCUUAUCUGGCGUGUCUUAAAUGGAAAGCCCUUUGAUCUUGCAUACAUAAUUUUUCAUCAUUUGCUUGCUUGCAAGAGAAAGAAAAAGGUCUCUCUUUAUUAUGCCGUGGUUCUCACUCACAUAUUCAUGGAUAUGAAAGUUCCGCUCAAUAGUUCUGAAGCAGUUAAACCAGGGUCAAGACACAUACUCACUGCUUUAAAUCUUGCGUCAAUGGGACUAAAAAGGGAUUCAAAUGAUAAAGAAACUGACAAUGAAGACCGUAACUGGAAACAUAUAGGUGUAAAUAACUUCUCAUAUGAUCGGACAAAAGGCAAUGAAGGCUUUCUUGGAGAAGAUGUUGUUAUGGUUCCUAAUCCUGUAUGCAGUGGGGAAUCUACGUAUGGACUAUAUGCAUUUGAUUUAGCAGCUAAAAGAAACUAUGCAAUUACUCAAGAUGAGAACAACCCUCUCUUACAAGAGGUGGAGUCCCUUGAAAGGCAGUUACAACCCCAAGCUUCUUUAACUAAGAAGGAUGUCCGAAGCCAACAAAUGAUUAUGAAUGUUGAAGAGAUUCCUGUAACUGUUACAGCAUUAUCGACUAAGAGACAUCACCUUGGGGAUGCCCAAACAUCUCACCAAAUCACACCUUCUAUAACUACCUUUGACCCGAGGAGUGCUAUUUCUGAGAUUAAGCAUACAGCGGCCAAAAUAUUUGGGAAUAUCAUUAAAAGUAAAGUGAAGUGUACCCCACUUUCGAAGAUUCCAUCUCUUAAACCAAAGUUUGAUGAGGUCUUUCUUGAAAUUUCUAGACAAUGUGUGGAUUUUCCCGAGUUCCAUAAUAGAAUUGAUGCAUACAUUCAAAAUGGUGAAGAAUAUAACGAAGUUCGAUUCAAGCAUAAUCAUGCCUUAUCUAAAGAAGUACGCUCUCGAUGUUUAGCCGAUGCUAGUUCUCACCUUAAAGAAGCUCUUGCUUUAGAUUGUACAGAUGUAAAACAAGUUUAA